UAAAGCAACAGUGAAACAAUAUUUAUGGGCCUGAAAUGAUAAUAAUUCCGCUUUCGUUCAAAGAUGUUGUUAAGUCAAAUAUUUGCGGUAAUAAUUUGGUGUAGGUCGGCAUAUGCUGCGGAGGAUACGUCACAGUGUAGGGAUCACAGCACGCAUUUACGUCGCGAUGGUGGUCUUUGUUUCGAGAUCCCGCCGUGGCAGCACCUCCCAGUCGAGCUGGACCAGCACCUGAACUCUAUGAGGGAAAGGUUCGGGAACACCACAGCCGCUAGAAGGCAGAUUAAGGGGUCUCAGCUGGCGAUGGUUCAUAGUGGCAUAUCCCGCUACAUGGACACAGUUCUGGCCCCGUUCCUCGAUACAUAUCUCAGGAACAUCCAGAGCUCGUACCAGCAGAUGACCAGCAAGAUCCUCAGGCGGAUCAAGGAGGAGAUCAACAAUGCAGUGCAAAAGAAACUACAGGUCUAUAACGAGUUGUUGCAGCUGGCGGAUAAGUUGAAUGUACCAGCGAUGUGUGACGAAGAAAGGCGCCAAGCUCGUACUAUAGCAAGCAAGCACGUAGCCCUAAUAUACUCGUGCACAGAAGAUGCCAGGGCCUCUAUAGCUAAGAUGGGCAAGUAUGCUGAAGAGAUGAUCACCAUCACCAAGAAACACAUGAACUCUGCCCUGGAUGAUGCGGCGAAAGUUCUGGAACUUAGCGUGAGACGGAGUAAGGAUACUCACGAGAGUGACGUCACCGCGUGCCUCAAACGUCUGUCUCGCUCAGCAGUGACUCUAGGCUACGAGCUGGACCUAAGCCUGACCAACGCUCGCCGCCACAACGAGCAGUCUCACGAGAAGCUGACAGCAUGCAGCACUAAGUCCAAAAGGGACACCGAAGACGCUGUGUCUGAUUUGAGGGACCAACUUUACCAAUGUGUUUACGCCUAGUUAAUAAU